UCUGCAGCAGCGCUGCCUGAGAUGCAGGAAAUAUUCUAGUUGAUAGUGUGUAUAUGAAAAUAGAGUUAUUUCCACAGAGCAAAAGGGGUGUUGCCAAGGUUGCUGAGUAAGAUCAGAACUAUGAAUUGAAUUGACCUGCCUGAGUAUACAAGUUUGUCACUCUGGAUUACACUGGAUGCGAGGCACUCCUCUCCAUCAUGAAGAAGUACUCUGGGACUUGUCAUCGACAAGUCCUUACUAUCACAGUGCUGUUCCUAAUCAAACAGGUCAAAGGAAAUUUUGAGAAAAUAAAAAUUAGCUUCCUGUCCUAUAAAGAAGCAUGUCUGAAAAUGUUACAGGAGACUACAGUCAAUGCUGGAAUAUAUUGCAAUGGGACUUUUGAUCAAUUUGCAUGCUGGCCUCAUUCACCUCCAGGAAAGGUCUCAGUUCCUUGUCCAUCUUAUUUACCAUGGCUAGACAAUGGAAGUGCAGGAAAUAUAUACAGAGUCUGUUUGGACCAAGGGAUUUGGCAAAAAGUUGAAAACUCCACCGAAGACGUUUGGAUGAACCGCUCAGAAUGCUUUGGGGAACAGUACUUUAACAGAAAUGCUGAAGAACACACGUUGUUUGUCACCCUCAAGAACCUUUACACUGUGGGAUAUUCUUUCUCUUUUGCUUCCCUUGUCUUAGCAUUGUUCAUAAUGCUACUGCUGAGGAAGCUGCACUGCACGAGAAACUACAUCCAUAUGAACUUGUUUGCUUCGUUCAUCCUGCGAGCCAUGGGGGUUCUUAUAAAAGACAGCGUGACACACAAUACUUAUUUAUUUAUUUCUUUAGACUCAGAAAAGCCAAAUGAUUUAAAUGGAUGGAUGUCCACCUUGGGUCCAGAGACAUUAGCCUUAUGCAGGCUGGCCCAGCUUUUCAUGCAUUACGUUGUUGGGGCAAAUUAUUUCUGGCUUUUGGUGGAAGGAAUUUACCUCCAUAGGUUAUUGUCCACUGUAGUCUCUGAGAAACACCAGCUGCUGAGAUACACCUUUAUUGGAUGGGGUGUUCCAGUGCUUUUUGUUGCUUCCUGGGGAAUAAUAAAAUACCAACUGGAGCAUGAAGGGUGCUGGGCAACACACCAGAACAUGGCAUUUUGGUGGAUCAUUCGAGGGCCCAUAUUAUUUUCCAUUGUUGUGAACUUCUGUAUCUUCCUAAACAUCCUAAAGCUGUUACUUUCCAAACUUAAAGCCCAACAAAUGAACUUUCGUGAUUACAAAUUCAGAUUGGCAAGAUCAACCCUUGUGUUAAUACCAUUACUUGGGAUUCAUGAGAUUGUGUUUAGCUUCAUCAUAGAUGAACAAAUUGAAGGCUUUUCCAGACACAUAAGAACCUUCGUUCAACUGACAAUCGGCUCCUUCCAUGGAUUUCUUGUAGCACUUUUAUACUGCUUUUCUAAUGGAGAGGUAAAAGCUGAACUGCACAAGCAAUGGUCUCGUUUCUUGCUGGCUUACCCUUUUGUCUGCAUGCCCUGCUUUCUUGGAAAGAACAUCAAGCAACUGGGGAGGUAUCCAAAGAAAUCUCAUUUGAGCAAAAAUGGCUUCUCCCUGGAGAUGACACCUCCUCCUCCUCAGAAUAUCCAAGUGGCAAAUCAGAGGACAGGCAGGUGCAACAUGGAGCUCAGCCCCCCAUUGAGGCACAAUCCAAGAGCAAGCAUCUCAGACAGCAGUGAAGGAGAAGUUACAACUGGGGAGACUACAGAAGAGGUCUUUGAAGAAAGCGAGAUUUAGACUGGUAAUAAAUGUAAAAUAAACAAAGGGGUGCUACUGAGAAUUGGCGAGGAAUGCUAUAUCAUGCCUUGUAGGGACGUGAAUGCAUAAAGGGUUAGGAAAGGAUGAAAACAGCUUCCUAGCAUUUUUUCUCCAAUCUGUUAUUUAUUGUGUUGGUCAAAACAUAACCUGGGAGCUGCAUGACAUGGUUUACCCUUGAUUCUCCGGAUGUCCAGUGUGGAAUUCACGGAAUGCAAGGGAUGGAGUGAGCAUCCUAUAAGAGUUACCUGCUUCUCCCACAUUUCUUCUGGACCACCCAGUAUUGAACUUCAUCAGAGACUGAAGGAACUAUCUAGUAGUUAAACCAAGGAUCAAAUCGCAUGGGGCUGCUUUUGCACUUCCCAUAAAGGAUAUCAGUAGCUUUUGUGAUGUUGUUGAAGACGUUGCUGAAUUCCCUCCACCCCACCCCAGCAGUGAAAAAAAUGAACUGGAUUGAUAGUUGGGCUACACACAGCACAUUUAGAAGAUUGCGUGUACAUAUUUAUAAGCACAUUUUCCAACCUUUGCUAUAAUAAUAAUAAUAAUAAUAACAACAACAACAACAACAACAACAACAACUAAACUCUGAACUGUCUUGUUUUUAGUGCACAGUUGUUAAGGUGUCUUCUAAUACUUUCAAGGUAGAAAAUUACUUUAUAGUCCUUACCUUCCCCAAAUGCCUAUACAGGAAGUCAUUAUUACUUUCACUUUACAGAGUGAGAAAUAAUUGGAUUUGCUCAGAACAGAAAUAUCAGAGACACUUUAAAAUUCCUAGAUUGAAAGGGAAGACUGAGAGAAUGUUACUCAAAUGCAUCUACAGUUGGCCUUUGAUAUCCACUGGGGUUUGGUUCCAGGACUUCCUGUGGCUAUCAAAAUCUGUGGAUGC